GAAAGACUGCCCAUGCAUCAUCAGCAGCCCAAUGCCCCUAUGCCGCUAGUAUGAUCUGUGAGUUUUUAAUUGGUCCUGUUGUCAGGAAAGCAAUUGACAAUGAUUUGUCGUUUCGCAAAACUAGUGAGCUGAUUCGUCUGUAAAGGCAUUUUUCGCUGACGAUUGCUUACAGCGUAAAAAGUGAACAAAUAUUUCAUUUAGCGGCAAGACUGGCGCACCCACGUAAACAACACCGGCGACGAGCGAGCUCGACGUUGACGGAUUUGGAUUUGGAUUGGAGCUGCCCAUUUCUUUGGAUAUUUCUGGAAUAUAUUCUGCGGUUCUUUUGCAAAAAUAAAAAAUUAAAAUAGGAACAAGCAUUGCAACUUUACUGGUUCUCUAAAAUAAUCCAAGUGUACAUCAUGGAUGUGUCAGGAAUCCUCGCUCUCAGUCCAAUCUUCAUUACGGUCAUCUCGGGAAUUGUGAUAAUUAUAUAUUUUUCUAAGAAGGCGUCACCGGUGUCACCUGUGGAGCAGGAUGACCCCCCAGUUCCACUUGACAAGGGUGAUGCUGACAAAGUGACAUCCAAUGUCAGCAAAUCGAAGAAGAAGGCAGACAAGGUUCCUCCUCAUCGAGACAACAAGUCAAAGUUCAGCCACCCCUGGCUGUUAUCUUCCUUGAAGGGUCACAAUGACAAUGUUCUGGACAUGAGCUUCAGUCCAAAUGGCAAAUAUUUGGCAUCAUGUUCCAUGGAUCGGAGCGUACUGCUGUGGCAGACACGCCAUUUCUCUGAGCGGGAGCACAAGUCGACGCGCGUGAACGUCGAAUUUGACCACGCCACCGGCGUGAGCUGGAGUCCCGAUAACCAUGCGCUGCUGUGCGCCAAACACAACGAGAACCGGCUACAGGUCUACAAGCUGAGCAAAAAGUCGGACGGCACGCUCGGCAACCCGCAGGUGGCCGUCACGUUCGAUAAGCUGGACGACGACCCGCUGGUGGGCAGUGGCAUCUCCAGUAACGGCGGCUCGGCGGAGCAGCGUCACAGCGCCGGCCACUACGUCAUGUGCUGCUCAGAGCGGGGCCGUCUGACCGUGUUUGACCUGCGUGGCGGCGUCCUGGCCUCCACCGACACCCGCCAGGCGCCCGUGCACGCCGCGCGCAUAUCGCCCUGUGGACGCUUCAUCAUGUCGGCAGGGUUCACGCCGGACGUCAAGGUGUGGGAGGUGGCCUUCACGCGCUCGGGCGACUUUGACAAGCUGAGCCGGGCGUUCGAGCUGAAGGGCCACACGUCUGGCGUGCUGGACCUCAGCGCCACCCCCGACAGCUUCCGCAUGGUGACCGUGAGCCGAGACGGCACCUGGAAGCUCUUCAACACCAACGUCGAGUACCGGAUCGGUCAGGAUCCGCAGCUGAUCCAGUCGGCUCCCUGCGGCGGCGGAGAGUCGGGCCCGGCCUCACGCGUGGCCCUCUCCCCCGACGGCUGUACGGUGGCCGUCGGCGCCCGCUCGGACGUCCAACUCUUCUCGGCAGAGACCGGAGACAUGAUGGCCACGCUCGCGGCGCUGCACAGUAGUCCGAUCACCUGUAUGCUGUUCGAUCCGACCAGUCGCUACCUGCUGACGACUGGCGACAAGCACAUCCGGAUACUGCACAACGUUCCCGGCUGCAGGGUCAACAUACAGGUGAUGAAAGACAAACUUGCCAAGACGACCAACCACACCCUGAAGGAGCGGCUGACCGCCCAGGUGAAGGAACUACAGGCUUUUCUGAGCACACUGGGUGAGUGAGUCGCCGGCCACUGAUCCCAGGAGAGAAGCCAGUGGUCGUUGUUGGUCUCUGGAGCGGGAGAGAGGAUGUGGGACGCGGGCGAGGGUGCUGAAGACAGGGAGAGAUGAGGAAAGAUUGUGGCAAGGGAGGGUGCCGUGUUUUACCGCUGCUCAGUGGCGUGAUAAGUUAGAGGCGAGAUCUGGCGACGGAUCAACCCGCCACCGGCAGGAGGAGACCAUUGGUACGGCGGGGAUUCUAAAGGGCUGUCCGCGGGACGGUGCCACCGAUAAUCAAUACAAAGGAGCGAGGUUUUGGGCAUCGGGCGAGCCUGCUGGGCAUUUGGGCUUACUGGGGCUGACGCUGGGCUAAUGGAACGCUGUGCUAACCAUACUGAUAUUGUCAGUGACUGAUCGCGCCUGUGUCGACCGCCGCGGUUGUGGAGUUCGUUUGUUGUGUGUUGAACGAUCAUUUUCGAACGCGGACGGGGCCGAUGGAUGACAUUCCAGCCUGUGGCUGCCUAGUGCCCACUGCGUGGGCUUGGCAUUCCCCCUGUACGCGCGAAAAGGCAUUCCCGUGUAAGCUAGACACCACAUUUAACUAUCCAACCGACCGGAUGUGUCGGCCGUGACGAUCGCCGUGACACGUUUCGUGAUGAUCGACGUGACACGCUCCGUGACGGCUCCCUACCACGUUCCGUGACGCUGUACCCGACCCGGCACUGUCGGGGCUGCCAGAUUUGUGAUAUGCCGUGUUGUGGUGCCACACUUAUCAUGUUCAUCUCGCAGGGUUGCCAGUUUCAAAUACAAACGUUUUCUGUG